GAUAAAUUACCUAUACCUCUUCCAUUUUAUUUUAAUUGUUAUUUUAGACCUAUACACACAAAAUUAAGAAAAUAUUAGGUUUUUUUUAUAUUUACUAAAUAGAAACAUUAUUAUCAAUACACCUAAUUACAUUUAAACAAUAAAAAAAUAGAUUGAAAUCUAAAAUCAAUAAAUUUUGCUUCAAAUUAUAAAACAACAUUUUUUUGUUUUGGUAAAAGAAAUUACAUAUGCUGAUAGCCUGGUAUGCAUUAACAAACAAAAAUAUAUAUGAUUCAAUAUCUUGAACACUUCAAGUGCUGUUAAUAUUGGCUACAAAUUUCCAAAUUAAGAUAGUUUGAAUUUUUAUCCAAAUAACUUAUAUUAACAGAAAUGAGUACAUCUAAACGCUUUUUUUUUUUUUUUAAGAAUGUGUUCUCAAGAUUUUGAAUAUACAAAAAUAAAUUUCAUCGUGUUUAUUGAAUAUACUUUUGGGGGAUAUUUGAUGGAAUAUCUUCACCACCAAUCAAAGUCUUUAUAGUUCAGUCCCAAUACUGUUUUAGUCAGCUUACAUUUCUCGAAAACAAUGACAUUUUGGAAAAGCUGAUGUAAAGAAAAGAAGCGAGUUCUUGACUUUUUGUUAUUAUUAAUUAGUUCAGAAACACCAAGUUUUUUUUAUUCUGAGAAGAAGAAAAACUCAUUCAACAAGUUUUUUAAGUAAUGGCUCUCUGUUCUCCAACUAACCCACAUUUUUUCCAACCUCUUCUUCCCGGUUUCACUAAGCACCUCGACAUUCCUGUGGCAUUCUUUUUGAAGCACUUAGAUAAACGUAACAAAGGCAAAACGGCAAAGCUGAGAUCAGACACAUCCGAGACGACCUGGAACGUGAAGCUUGACGGCCGGAGAUUCUCUGACGGUUGGGAAUAUUUCGCCGUCGCUCAUGAUCUCCGAGUUGGUGACAUUGUUGUUUUCAGACACGAAGGAGAGUUAGCGUUCCAUGUCACAGCUUUAGGACCAAGUUGUUGUGAGAUUCAAUAUGGAGAAGAUAGCCAAGAAGAGGACAAAAGUGGGGAGCUUUGUGAUGCUAUGGAGGAGAUUUCAAGAAAGAAGAAGAGACCAAAGACAGAAAUAGAUUUUUCAAAAGACCAAUCUUGUUUUGUUAUUACAGUCACGCCAUCAAAUCUAAGGCGUGAUACAGUGUAUCUUCCGAAAGCCUUUGCAGUGGUAAAUUGUCUGAUGAAGAAAUUUGAGAUUGUUUUAGUGAAUGAAGAACGAGAAUCAUGGAAGUUAAACUUGAGACAAGAUUCAUAUUUAGGCCGGUUUUACAUGAGCAAUGGCUGGAGAAGUUUCUGUGUUGCUAACGGGAAGAAACCUGAAGACAUGUUCACAUUUAAAAUGGUCCAAAAUGAAACAACACCUGUGCUCAAAUUGUUACCGUGGAACAACGAAGAUCUGCAUAACCCUGAGAAAGUUCCAAAAAAGAAGCAUCAAGAAAUAGAAGCAGAUUCUUCUUUCGUGGCCAUUGUCACGGCUUCAAACAUAAGGCGCGAUACAAUGUAUCUUCCAAAAACGUUCGCAGCGUCGAAUGGUCUAAAAAGUAAAUUUAAGAUUGAUUUAAUGAACGAAAAGGGAGAAUCAUGGACGAUAGACUUGAGACACGAGCCAUACUCAGGCCGGUUUCUUAUAAGAAGCGGCUGGAGAAGCUUUUGCGCAGCUAAUGGGAAGAAGCCAGGAGACAUGUUCAAUUUCAAAUUAAUCCGAAACGUUGAAACACCUGUCCUUAAGUUGUUCCCUUUGAAUCUGCCCAAACUUGAGCCUAGCGAAGACACAAGACAAGGUUUAGAAGCUACGGAAAGAGAGUUUCUUGGUGUAGAAACUAACCGUGAUGACUCAAGGCAAGAAGCUAUUAGGAAAGGAAAAUGGUUAGAAGCUAAUGAAAUUACCAUCAAAGAAGAAAAUAUCUCAACAACCGAAAACCGAUUUGUAACAUUAACACUUACAACUAGUAAACUUGUAAGUUCCACGACAAAACUCUUGUGUGUUUUUCUUUUAUUUUUUUUCACUUGCUAUGGAAUGAAAUCUAAAGAACAAAAUCUACAGAAUCUUCCGUUGGAAUUCACGAAGGGGAAUGGAAUAAAAAAAGCAGAGAAGAUAAAGAUGAUUGACAGGUACGGUACAACAUGGUCGACUUCACUACUCAUGAAUAAGAAGAAAAGAGGAGAAAUGAAAUUAGGAAAGGGUUGCAAAGGCUUCUGCGAAGUCAACGGCGUUAGGAUGGGCGAGUCUUUUGUCUUGGAGUUGGUUUGGGAAGACACAGUUCCGGUUCUUAAGUUCUGUUACAAAUGUUGAGAACCAAAUCAAGAAAGUCUUUUUGACAUGUUGUCAAGAAUCGCUGUUGAAAGGAACUUCAAUGGAUUUUUAGUUUCUUUUUUUGGUUCAACAAUAAUUUAUAUUAUCCCAAUCUUGGUUACAGGAUCAUUAACCUUACUAGAGGUUUAGACCACAAUCACACACCUAGGAUUAAUAUAGUACCCAUGAGAUUAUCAGGGCUACUUAGUGCUCAGAUUAACAUAGUACCCAUGAGACUAUUCAAACAAAAGUUUUAAUAGUGGAAAAAUUGAUUUUAAAUUUUAAUUUCUAAACCCUAAAUGUACUCCACACAUUUAAACCAUAAAUCUAAAUUAGUUAAUCUUGUGGUACAAAUAUUUUUUAUAUUAUUAGUCUUUUUGACUAUUAAAAACUAUUUUUAUGAUAAAAAGUUUUUUUUUAAUUGUUAUCUUAGGGCAUUUCUCUUUUUAUAAUGAACCCUUUUGUAAUCUACAUCAGUUUGUAUUGCUACUACUUUUUUGUUUUGAACAUUUGCUCCACUUACAAUAUGAACUUUAUAUUGCUAAACUUGUGUAUUAUGCUAUUAUGGGAGGACCCGUAUUAUCUCAUUGCGAACAACUGAAGCUCUAUGUCCCAGCUCCAGAGAGUCUACAACGACUCAAGGUCUCGGACCUCAUCCAAUCUGUCACCUCUGAUUGGGACAUGGAAAAUAUAGAACUUAGUUUACCUUUCCAUAAAGAGCAAAUUCUAAAGAUAAAGCCUAACAGUCUAAGAGCUGAGGACGCCUUGGUUUGGCUAAAGAACUCUUCGGGAGAAUACUCUACUCGAUCAGGUUACCUGACAAUCACAUAAGAAAAAGACGAGCUGCUCCCCUCAGCCCAAGUCGCUGCUCCUGAAUGGUUCCCUAGUGUCUGGAAUAUAAAAACAUCAGAGAAAAUUAAAAUUUUUAUUUAGAAAUCCCUACAAGGCGCGCUACCAGUAGAAGACCAAUUUGUAAUUCAGAACAUAUCAGUCACGGCUCUUUGUGCCAGAUGCAAUGCAGUGGAGUCGGUAAACCAUUUACUGUUCCAUUGCCCCUAUGCAGCAAACGUUUGGAAUCUAGCCCCAUUAGCAACCAAUGUAAACCCUCUCACGUUCAUGAUACUUCCAAGAGGGAUGGAAGAAGGUUCGUAAAGUACCUUCCUUACCACCAGUGGGGAUCUAAGCAGAAACAUUCUCGGCCUGGAUUGUUUGGUCUCUCUGGUGAUCGAGAAACAAUCUCAUUUUUAUAAAAAGGAACAUUUCCCUAGAAGAGACAUUGCAGAAAGCUAUCUCCGUCGCUAGAGACUGGAUGAUGGCUCAACCCUCUUCAAAUCCGAAACCGCUGAUACCUUUGAUCAGACUCGAACCAAACCUCAGAAACCCCAAUAUAUGCUCGAUCUUCACUGACGCUGCGUGGAACUCUACUACGGGUACGCAGGGCUUGGUUGGAUCAUUGAUGAUCUGAUCUCUUCAUCUCAACAUGCAGCGACAGUGACUUCGGUUUCAUCGUCUCUAAUGGCAGAAACUUUGGCAGUUCGAGCCGCCAUAACUUUUGCCCUCCCUCACAGAACCGACUCCAUCUCAGUCUUAUAAAAAUAAUGGAUAAAAUAUGUUUUUUUAACUAUAAAACAGUCAAAAUUAUAUAUAAAAGAUGGAAAUUUAUUGUGAUAAACAUCUAAAUAAUCGAAUGAAAGAAUAAUACAAGUUUAUACACGAUAAAGAGAGAGAGAGAGAGAGUCAGUAGAAACCCUAGUCCGCCGCGUUUCUCCGGCGGCGUUGUCGCUGUGUCGUCGCCGGAGAGUCACCCUUUACCUUCUUUUUUCUCCUUUUCCUUUUGCCUUCGUUAACGUCCCUUCCCCUCAGCGAGAUGCGUGUGAACUCUGGCUUCUUCGGCUCUUCAGAUCUCAGAUCUGGCCGUGUAGUGCGGUUUCCGAGUUUCUGGAGUCACAGCGAGUUGAGUUAGGAAGGUGUCGUUAUCGGAGGUCGGCUUUUAGGGUUGGAUUUUGGAUGGAGCUAUUUUCCCCUUGUCGCUCCGUGUACCUCCGUAGAUGUCUAAUCUGUGCCGUCGUCGCUCUCCUCCGAGCUUCAGUGUUCUUUCGCAGGCGUUAGUGGAUGAGCUCCGGUUGGAUUCGACAUCUGAACCCGUCUUUUCUUCAUUCCGGAAGAACUGAAACUCAUGCUCUUGGAGAUGUUGUUUAGCUCUGUUCCGGCGGCUCGGUUUUGGAGUCAAGACUAGGAACUCGUGAUGGAAGGUCUUGUGUGGCAGUUUACGCACCAGUUUGGUGGGGAACCCGUUUCUGUGUUUGAAAAGAAAUCUGCAACUAAGGUAUCUUCUCAUUAUGUGGUUCUUUUGGCUUGGAAUCCAUAUAAUAAGGCUGGAGUACGACUGAUAUCUGGACGGGACUUGAGGGUGAAGUAUGCGCCUUGGCGUUGAGUUGGUAUGAUCCAAGUUCUGAAUGUCAAUUAAGUGGUGAUCUCCAGCAAGGUCUUAGUUUGGAAUUCAUCUGUUAAGUCUAGUUUUCAGUUUUAGUCAAUGCUCGUGUAAUUAGUGGUUUAAGGGACAGUUCAUUUUCACCAUUUUGGUAAAGUGAAUUUGUUUUCAUGGUGGUCAAAGUGAUAGGUAGUUAGAUGAGGCAAUGUAGGAUCCAAAUAAGUGAUCUUAGAUGAUGCUACAUCUACUUCCAUAUAUCACAUUGUGGUUAAAGCCUCUUGAGGCAUUGUGGUCACAAUUGUUUGUAUCAAAACAUUUGGCUAAUGA